GUUUACCGUUAUACUGAAGGGGAAGAAUAAACGCGUCUUUUUUUCGAAAACAAGCUUGAUCCUCUGGAACAAAGUCUCGGUCCUCGGCAUCAGAGAUUUCAGACACAGACUUUUUUUUUAUUUCAAUGACACCAUCAGUAGAUCACCACACUUCACUCACAGGCGCUUUGGGAAAGUGACGAAUCUGUGACCGACCAGCAACAUCUGGAAUAAAGACAGCAUAUCACCAGUUGCCAUAAUCCCGAGUUAAACUGGAGCACCCCCGGCUGUGCGGCGCCGCGUCCUCGUGAAAAAUGUCUCAAAAUAAAGACGACCUCGCGUCCAGCAACAAAAAGACCAUCUCCCUCCCCAUCUCCAGGGUGAGGCUGAUCAUGAAGAGCUCCCCGGAUGUUUCCAGCAUCAACCAGGACGCUCUCGUCCUCACCACCAAGGCCACGGAGCUGUUUGUGCAGCAUCUGGCGGUCGCAUCGUUCAACAACGGCUCCGGGAAGGAAACCAACUCGUUGUCCUACAGCGACCUGGCUAACACCGCGGAGGAGACCGAGACUUUACACUUUCUCACAGAUAUCCUGCCUAAGAAGAUCUUGGCUCGAGAUUACCUCACAUCUUUGGAGGACUUUCAAGAAGAGGAUGCUGACUUUUAAACCAAGUACACUGGAGGCAUUUCACGUGCAGAUGGAUCAGAUGAACAAGUCCUGCCUCUCACUGAAGUAACAGACAGGAGAGACACCCUGAACUCUCUCAGUGCUUUUUAAAUGCAUUGACAGAGCUCAGUUGUCGGGCUUUGUGGGAAAAGUUAGUAGAUGUGGAUCUGAAAGUAAAGCCACACAGGGCGGAACACAACAAUCACAGAGUCAUAGAGGAAACUAGAAGCUGUACUGUAUAUCUAUGAGUAAAAAAUGGAUGCCAGCAAGAUGAAAUGGUAUUACUGCCCCGAACCAGGCAGCCUUAGAUGAGUCUUAAUGCAACCACCCCUUAACUUUCCUUCAGAGCUGAUUACCUCUAUAGAGAGUACUGUUAAAAGUACUGCUAAUGUAGAAGUACUGGUAAUGAUUUUGCAUGUGGCCUGUAAUCCAAGACAUAUUUUUUAAGAUUUAAUGGUCCCAGUGAUUUGCAUGCAAAACUAUCAGGAAAGGUGAAUCGUUUUUUAUCCCACCCACUUGCAGACCCCCCUCCCCCCUCUUCACGGAACAUACCAAGAGUUAAUUCUACAUAAUUGUCUCAGCAGAGUUUUCAUUGCCCCUAAAAUAAUACAAUGUAAACACGUUAUUUUCGAGAUGCUGUCGAACACUGUUCUCCAAGUGAAAUGUACGGAUGUGAACCUUACGCAAGAUACUAUCGUUUUAAAUAUAUAUAUUUUCCUAAUGCUAACCCUUGAGUUGUGAUUCAAGUGAUCAUAAAUCCCUCUAUUUUGUAGCGUCACUACAGAACAGCUGAACAAGCUGCGUCUUUCCAAAUGAAAACUCACCCUCAGCCUCACAGGUAGUGUGUAACAGGCAUUUCCUCCUUUUACAAAAGUGUUGUUUAGAUUUGAUAAUAAAAUAAAGCAAGUUGAAAAAGUUUUA